UGAAGCUUUUCCCAGUGAUCCUUCAGCAGUAAAAGGAUUCAGCUGCUUCUUCGGACACUCAGAAAUGCAAAAUCCCAAGGAAGAAAUGGUUGCUCAGCUGCACAACUUGUGUGCUCUGGGCGAUACUACUAAGCUGUUUGCUCUUCUAAGUCAUUCAUCCUCCAUCAUUAAUGAAACCGCUGAAAAUGGAUGGAGUGCUCUUAUGUACGCAGCCAGGAAUGGCCACUUUGAUGUAGUGAAGAUGCUUUUGGAGAAAGGGUGUGACAAGACAUUAGUGAACAAAUCCCGGCAGACUGCUUUGGAUAUUGCUAAGUUUUGGGGUCACAAACACAUUUUUACCUUGAUCUCGAAUGCUAAAGGUGGAGCCAAGCCUUAUUUCUUGUCGGACGCUGACGAGAAGCAUGAGAAUUAUUUCUGCAGUACAUUUCUGGACAGAAGAAGUGAUAAACGCACAGACACUAGCUGGUUGCAAUCCAAGCACACACAUGGCAGCUCGGUAUACAUCAUUUUCUCCAACCUGAGUCCCCUCGUAUCACUAAUUGGUACAAAAGAUGGCACACAAGAGCCAGAAAUCAAGCUUUGCAGACUUCGGCACGAUGAUGUGAAGGAAUUCUUGUCAAAACCCGAUGAGAUCUCAUUAAUAUUUCUUGGAGUGGAAAACCAAUUAAAUAAUCCACGUUCAGCAGGACAGGAAGACGGACUGGUGGCCUGGUUUGCCCUCAAUGUGGAAAAUUUAUCUUCAGAUCAGUUUGAAAGAAAAUUUAAAGGCUGCUAUUUUCUUCAGCCUCCGAUGCCAGCCUUGUUGCAGCUGGUGAGCACCGAAGCAGGGAUAUUGGCACAAGCACGAUCUGUCCUGGCCUGGCACAAUCGCUACAAAUGCUGCCCGACCUGUGGUGGCAAGACCAUAAUUGAGGAAGGUGGAUACAAGCGGACAUGUGUAAUAGAAGGGUGCCCCAGUUUACAAGGGAUCCACAAUACAUCAUACCCAAGAGUGGAUCCCGUGGUGAUAAUGCUCAUCAUUCACCCUGAUGGAAACCAUUGUCUUCUGGGGAGACAAAAGAGAUUUCCUCCUAGUAUGUUCUCUUGUUUAGCAGGGUUUAUUGAACCAGGGGAAACAAUAGAAGACGCUGUCCGUAGAGAGGUGAAAGAGGAGAGUGGCGUUACAGUUGGCCACGUUCAGUAUGUAUCGUGCCAGCCCUGGCCAAUGCCUUCCUCCCUUAUGAUUGGUUGCUUAGGCGUUGCAAUAUCUACAGAAAUUACAGUCGACAAGAUUGAAAUAGAAGAUGCUCGUUGGUUCCCUAGAGAACAGGUUGUAGAAGCCAUAGUCAAAGGAAACCAUCAGUACCUGGUAGUGCCACCAAGGCACGCCAUCGCUCACCAGUUGAUAAAGCACUGGAUUGGUAUGAAUGCUAACCUAUAGUGUCAAGAAAAAACGGGCUUUAUUAUAUAAGGAUCACAAUGUAAUCGGCAUAUCAAUUUAUACAGCUGAAAAUCUGCUGUCUCUGAUUCUUUUCAAAUGAAGACACAUAUGAUUUCCCAGAAUCCUAGGCACAGGGAUGACGUGUUGCCGUCUGAAUGUGAACUCCUAUGUCACUUUUCCCAGUUUGCACCUUCUUAUUGAUCUGCACUGGGGAAUCACUUAUACAAGACUUUUGUUUUUUUACCUCUUUUUUUUUUGUACUACGAGAUCUGGGCAUUCUGACUGGAUAAAACUAUUACUAGUUCAGAAUCACGUUUAUUGGUUAAACAUGAUAAAUAAGGUAAUAAUGUAUAACUAUAAUUACUAUAUAUCACAUUUGUAUUAAAUGGCAUAAUUAACCUCAAUACCCCAGGUUAUGUUAUGCUACUUUUGUAUUUAGAUAAUGAAGGAGAUUUAUCAAAACUGGUGUAAAGUAAAACUGACUUAGCUGCCCACAUCAACCAAUCAGAUUCCACCUUUCGUUUUUCAGAGAUUCUGGAUCUGAUUGGUUGCUUUUGGCAACAAAGUCAGUUUUCACCAGUUUUGAUAAAUCUUCCCCAUUUUUGUCAGGUCCUAGAUAAGUCUGUACACCAUUGAAAAUUACAAGAGCAAUAUCUGUUGUGUGCAGGCAGUGAACAAGCAGGGAAUGAGUCCAAGAUAAGUAAUGCAUUUACAGAGUUAUGUGAAUUCUGUAUAUAGGUGGA